AUGUCUCGUACUUCCAUCGUUAUAGUAGGCACCGGAUGGGCCGGCUACACCAUCUCACAGAAACUCGACGACAAGAAGUUCGAUAUCACAGUCAUCUCGCCAGAAGAAACGUCGCCUUAUACUCCGCUUUUGGCAAGCGCGGCAUGCGGUCUCUUCGACUUCUCCCUCGCAGAGGAGCCUAUCCGCCACAAGAGCAAGAACAUCUCCUACUAUAAAGCACGUGUACAGAGUGUCGAUUUUGACUCCAAGACAUGCAAGUGCCGCGCCGCCUGCGAUGUGGACGGCGGAAGCACAAGAGAAUUCGACGUCUCUUACGACAGACUCAUCCUGGCCCCUGGGUAUGCCACAGCCAGGUCCCGUGCAUGUCUAAAGCUAAUCAAUCGCAGCUGCGUCACAAACACCUUCCGGACUCCGGGAGCAGAUGAGCAUGCGUUCUUCGUACGCAAUGUCGCCGACGCGAAGAGAGUCCAGCAUCGCUUGAUGCAACUGCUGGAGCUGGCGUCCAUCCCCGGCUUGACAGACCAAGAACAGCGAGACCUCCUUCACAUCGUGAUCGUAGGCGGUGGACCUACUGUUGUGGAGAUCGCGGCUGAGAUGAGCGACCUGUUCAACGACGACUUCUCCAAGCUGUAUCCUGACCUUAACGGCAAAAUGUCCGUCACGAUACACGACGCUGCCCAGUUUAUUUUAGGAGCCUUCGAAGAAUCACUGAGACAGCACGCCAUUAGUAGCUUCUCCAAGAGACACGUACAGGUUGUGACCGGCUCCAAAAUCAAGGAGGUCACGACCAACAGCAUCACCACAGAAGCGGAGGGACGCUUGGGAUGCGGGAUGGUGAUCUGGACCGCCGGCAACAAGCAGUGCGCGCUCGUCGACGGACUCGACGUGGCAAAGACCGAUAAGCUUCCGAGAAUCAUGACAGACGAUUACCUGCAUGCCCUGUCGCCGGACAAGACAUCAAUGCGAGACGUCUUUGCGAUAGGGGACGCAGCAGACAUCAAGAAGCAGUUCCUGCCCACCACGGCAGAAGUGGCGGUUCAGAAGGCAGAAUAUCUCGCAAAGAUGCUCAACGCGGACGACACAUCGACGCCUUUCGAGUACAAGCAAAAAGCGCUGGUUGCCUACAUCGGCGGCCAUGAUGGCGUAGUUCAUGGUAGGCCUGACUGGAGUGGUGAGCGGGCCUGGGCGGCUUGGAGAUCGAAGAACUUGCUCUGGACGAGAAGCUAUCGAAGGAAAUUCAUGAUUGUGUUGUAUUGGUUCUUGGACUGGGCGGGUGGGAAGGAGAUUGCGCGGAUAUGA